UCUUUGUCAAAGUUAGUUUAGAUAAGUGCUUAUUAUUUUUCUGUCAUGUAAACAAAAAUUAAAAAUAAAUAAUACUUAUAUAUUCUAAAUGAGAAAUUAUUUUAGAUUGAUAUUGUAAAUAUUACAUUUAUAUAAGUUUAUUUGUGAUUUAAUUCGAUAUAAAAAAUAAAACGGUUAAGUAAUUGAGAAAAAGUAAAUUUAGGAAGUUUGCAUAAAUGUAUACAUUCUUAUAUUUCUUGUUUUUUCUAAAUAUUGUGAAUUCAUAUCAGUCAAAUCAAAAUGAGGAAACCUGUUCUAGUGAUAAUAUUUGCAAUGAAACACACAAUAAGUACAGUAAAAAUAUCAAUGAAUGGACUUCAAAGAUAAAUAAAGAAAUACAGAUGGCAAUCAACAAAUAUAUACCAUGUGAAAAAACUAAUUGCAGCUGCCACAAGGCAGUCAUUGAACAUGAUCUUAACCCAUAUCAAGAUGGAAUAACAAAGGAACUGUUUACUUUAGCUCGUUCAAAAGGGACAAAAUAUCAGAUAAUAAAAGGUGAAUUAUACAGGGAGAAAGAGUGUCAUUUUCCAGCCCGAUGUGCUGGUGUUGAACACUACCUAGGAGCAGUGGCACCAAAAUUACCCAAUUUAGAAUUUAUAGUUAAUACUAGAGACUGGCCCCAAGUCAAUCAUGCUUGGGGCAAUCGGAAAGCUCCUGUUUUUUCUUUCAGUAAGACAAAUGAUUAUUAUGAUAUUAUGUAUCCAGCAUGGAGCUUUUGGGAAGGUGGGCCAGCUAUUUCACUGUAUCCAACGGGUAUUGGGCGUUGGGACAAGCACAGAGUGUCAAUUUCUUCUGCUGCAGAUAAAUGGACCUGGGAUAAAAAGGAAGAAAUCGCAUUUUUUCGUGGUUCUAGAACAAAUGAAGAACGAGAUGCUUUGAUAUUACUGUCUCGCUCAGAUCCUGAUCUUGUUGAUGCAAAAUACACAAAGAAUCAAGCUUGGAAGUCAGAUGCGGACACACUAUACGCCCCUCCAGCAUCUGAGGUAUCGUUUGAAGAGCACUGUAAAUACAAGUAUCUGUUCAACUAUAGAGGAGUUGCUGCCAGCUUUCGAUUUAAACAUUUAUUCUUAUGCAAGUCUCUUGUAUUUCAUGUUGGCAAUUCAUGGCUUGAAUUUUUUUAUCCUUCAUUGAGGCCUUGGGUUCAUUACGUCCCUAUUAGUCCUACAGCCAAAGCAGAUGAAAUAAAAAAAUACAUUGAAUUUUUUAAGGAAAACGAUUCAUUGGCUAAAGAAAUCGCUGAUAGAGGAUUUCAACAUAUCUGGGACCAUUUGACUGACAAAGAUGUAAAAUGUUACUGGAGAAAACUAUUAAAGAAAUAUGCAUUGCUUAUAAAAUAUGAUGUAAACAAAGAUAAAGAUCUCAUAAGAAUAGACAUUAAAAAAUAAAUUUAUCAAUAUUUUGA